AUGAAAAAGAAUCAGAAAGACGACCAUGUUCUCAACCUAGCGAAACUACCCAAAAGUACCUUGCUAACCAAGGACAUCUUCGGGAGAUCUGUUCUCCACAUUGCCAUUUUGGCCAACGACGUCGCCAGCUUUCGGAAAUUACUCCGUUCCCCCGAUUCUCGACACAUUUUACUAGCUACAGACUACGAGAACGGCUGGAAUGUACUCCAUUAUAUCUUUCAUCAUAAGCGAAUGGCAUGUUUGCUGAUUUUGCUUGAGAACCUUGAUCUGGCCCCCAACUCCACUGCCAACGCCUUGGCUGAGUUGCUCAAGCGAAAAGACCGAUGUCGGUUGCCCCCCUUGGCGCUUUUGAACAAUGAUAUCAAGGACACUGUGUGGAUUCCACUGUAUAUUAAUGAAAGCAACGAAUUCCAUCUUGAGCGGCGCUUCAAGAGCUCCAGUCCUACAGAUUCCGUGGACGCAUACCUCCCGCCAUAUAUUGAACACGACUGGUGGCUGGAAUCUCGAGGUGGGCUGCAUAUCUACGCAUUCGGAUCCAAUACCAAUAAUCAACUUGGAUUAGGUGAUUCAACUGACAGAUCGGCUCCAUGCCGUGUUAGUCUACGUGAUUUCAAUCUGGUGUACCAAGUGGAUACUCAAAUUCGUGAAAUGUUGACGAAACCUCGUUUCCGCAUGGUCAAACUCUCCAAAUAUCACUCGGUGGUGAUUACCUUAAAUGGCCGUCUCUUUACUUGUGGAAUGGGCUCUAGAGGUCGCUUGGGUCAUGGCAAUGUGGCCAAUUUGUACCGCCACAAAGCGGUAGACUUCUUCGAUUCUAUCGGAGCCGUUCUUGAUGUUGGAACUUCCAAUAACCACAAUAUAGCACUCACCUCUACUAAUGAAGUGUAUGCGUGGGGUUUGAACUCCUACAACCAGCUUGGUUUCACCACUAUUGCGCAACUGUCGUUCAAAAAUACCUCUGAGGUGUAUGAGAACUCUCCCAGAUUGGUUAAUUCAGGCGACUUGCGGAGAAAAUCUCAACGGCUCUUAGGAGUGGAGGUGUCAAAAAUCCAUUCGGUGGCUUACUCCCGAAACUCCAUCUUCUUCUGGGGGUUAGAUAUCGGCCAAAUGGGCUUUGUUACUUCGGAUACCACACCAGUCAAGAAUAGUGAUAACCACCGAGUUAAUGGUGUAACAUACAAGGGCUCCAUAGUUCCUCAGCCGAAGGAAGUAACUUUGAGGGAUGAAAUAAAGUUUGUUUCCACAUGUGAAACAUGCACUUGCGUGGUGACUGUCUCGAAUGAUAUCUACGUAUAUUUUCUUGGUCAAAGGGUGAAGCUUCCAAAACUACCAGUCCGUGGGUUCCAUGAUGUGAAGUUUGACUGCUUCAAGCCUUCCAGACUCACGAGUGCGCCCAUAAUCAAGAAAAUAGUCUUGAGGGCUGCUGAAAACAUUCACAUUUUACUUGAGGGCGGUGAUGUUAUGGCGUUUUCGCUUUCCGAUGUCAAAAGCUUAAGGAAUGUCAGAUAUACUUAUAUAUGGCGGGCAUAUGACUCCGACAUGCGGGCAGUGGAUGUUGAUAACUCUUAUGAUGGCUCGGUAAUCAUCUGUACGAAAAACGGCUCUGUUUUUGUCAAUACUACUCAAACACAAAAAAGAAGCAGCUCUGUGAGCACCAUGUCCAUGCCAGCUUUCUCCUCCACGAAAAAGAAGUUCAAAAAAGUUGAGCAUGUCAAUCGAGUAUGUCGAGUUGCAUGUGACGAAUCAUUCACCUCUUUCGCAGUUGUCAAAGAUGAUAUUGACCUGUUACCUUUGAAAUUGCAGAAGAAUGACUUUUUCGUCGAUCUAGAGUAUUUGAGUGUCUUGUCCGAACAAGAUCUGUACAGAAAACAAGAUCAGCUUUUGGAUGUCGAUCAUGAUGUGAAUUCCUAUGUCACCGACUACAUUUACCCAUCCAGCCCUUCGAGUUCGAAUGAUGACGAGCACCCUUUUCUCAUGGACCGUCUUGGCCAAGAUUUAUCGAGUUUGACAAUCUCAAAAGACGACUUGGGUCGAAAUAUCGAUUUUCUCAGGUUGAAUCAAGAUCAGAAAUUCAACUACUCAAAAAAUUCAGAACCUUUGGCCAAGUCAGUAUAUCAGCCGACCGAAAGGAGUGCUUCAAUGAUUAACUUCCUAAACUCUGAAAUGCAAGUCCUAGCAUUUUUGAACGACUGUGCUGCUUCUAGCAACAAAUUCUAUGACGGUUUGAUCAAAUUCACGAGAAGACCAGAUGUGUCAAUUGGAUUCCAUACAAAGUUGCUUGAGUACAGAUCUUCAUUUUGCAUGGAGAUCUUCAAUCCUCAGAAUGAAGGCGAAUAUUUCAUUCAUGAGGAUAUUCAAGGUUUCUAUGACAAGGACUCGAAAACACUCACAUUCUCCACAGAUGUAUCGCUUAGAGCAGUUGUUGUGCUUCUACAUUUCAUGUAUACAAAUGAUGUUCUAAGUUUUUGGGAGAAUUACCCCAGUGGUCUAAAAUGCCCCGAGGAAAUUCGAAAAGUGAAGUCUGAUUAUACCAAGCUCAUGGACUUGUUUCGAAUGGAUGGGUUCUACGGAAAGAGAGAAGCUUUCGUUAAUCAACUUCAGCAAAUGGCAGAUGAUAAAACUGAUGGUGAUGUACUAAUUACUUUACGAGAUGGAGUAGAGCUUUGCCACUCCUCUAUUUUGGUAGCCAGAUCUGCAUUCUUCGAGACUAUUCUCUCUUGCAGAUGGGAAACGGGGGAUGCUGAUUCUAGUCAAGACGGAAGUCACAUGAAGUAUAUUACAUUGGAGAAUGUUGAUACCAUGCAAUUUCAGGUCAUUCUCAAUCAUUUGCAUGGGUGCAAUGAUUUGCAUGUAUUUGAUUCAGCAACAGGUAUUAUCUCAGAAACUAAUGAUUCUGAUGAUUUUGUCAACUUUCUCUUGGACAUGAUAGAAAUUUCGGAUGAAUUAUUACUUGUCCAGUUGAAACAUUUGUGCGAGUUAGCAAUCAAGGAUUUCAUCAGUACAGAAAACGUACUCGUUUUGCUUGCUCAUUCAGAUUGGCUUCAUGCUCAAAAGUUGUUCAUGAGCUGUUGUUGGUACAUCUAUAAUAAUCUUGAAAUUGUUGUAUUUGACAGGAACCUAUGCGACUUGGACAUUGAGCUAGUGCAAAAGCUUGAACUGCAAAUUUGCUUCUUGCAUCAUUGCAAGUUUGAAGAUUUUGUUGUUGGAGAUAAAGGAGAGGUUAAACCCCACUACGGCACUAAUGCUUUGGAAUCGAGAGAAGGGAGUGUUAACUUCUUCAUCAAGAGUCCAGACCAGUUCAAUAUUUGGUAUAUGAAAGAUACCAAAGAAUUUCUAGAAUCACAUCCAGAGCUCAAGAACGACUCUAUUAAUGAAGAGAGCAGAAGGAAGCUGUCUGCCAGAAGAAUGUCUAGGCGAACCAGUAUUGAUCCAUUGGCCGAGUUUAGAGAACUGGCCAGUGCCCAAAUUCAGGAGAGAAGGGUUAGUGAGUCUGCCAUCGCUGACGAAGAGGAGUUUGAGUUGGUAACCCGAAGGCGCAAGUCCAAACUGACUCCAAGGAUAGACUUGUCUCUGAGUGAUCGACUUCCAUUGUCUAAGGAAAGAAGCAGCAGUCCGAACCAACCAACUUUUGGAACUGCAGAUGUAGUUUCCACGCCGAUGGAACCAAAUUCUUCGAGUAUGGGUACAUUCAGUGCUAAUGGAAGUGCCCCUGGAAGCAGUGCAAGUUCGUUCGCUUGGGUUUCGAGAAAUUCUUCGACUUCGUCAGUGACUGCAGUUCAACCUCUUCAACUUCGGGAGAAUGAGAACCCAAGACAAACCAAAAUCAAGUUUGCUCCGUCCAUGAGACUUUCGCAGAAGCAGAGAAAGAAACUUGCACAACAGGAGCCGGAUCCAGUGUUUGGCGAAAGCUCAAGUAACUCGCAGGCACUAAAGAAUCCAUGGAAGCCUGCUUCCACGCCAGAAACUGGUAAUUCUAGCAAUGUUGCCAACCUACCCGUGCUUGGAGCCAAAAAGAAUGAUACUACACCCACGUUGAGUGCCAUCAUGCUCCAGGAGUCUACGCGGGUGGAAGAGCAGAAGUUACAAGAGACAUUCCUGCGAACAAUGCAAGACGUUCAGCAGGAGCAAGAGUUUGCAAAAUGGUGGGAGCAGGAGUCUAAGAGAGUUCAGAUGGAGUUAGAAGGUUUCAGCCAGAACAGACAGAACAGACAGAAUAUAGCGUCAAAUGGCAACGUGAGCGAGCUGAACGGACAUAGCAGAGAGAUAGGACAAAAUGCUCAGAGAGGACGAGGAGGAAAGCUGCGCCGAGGGAGGAAGAAGAGCGUUCCUUAA